CCUGUUUACGAACAGAUUCACAACAAAUUAAUGAUAAAAAAAAAAACUGCAAGCAAAUACUUUGUCCUAAGCAAUUGAUUUUGCAUACAGAUGGAAUUUUUUUACCUGUUCAACAUAAAAUAUUCACUCGGUGCAUUUGCUGUUCAUGUCAACGCAUUAAACGUGUGUAAUUAAUGCCAAUUUACGCAUGGAAAUGUUUGAUUACCGAAAAGGCUGGCUAAAUUAAUUUUACAACAGACAAACAAUGAGGAUCUCUUGAUACUUAACCUACAGUCAUGUCUGGUGUGAUACCUAUGGUGUCAGCAUCCCCCCCGCCCUUCGAAGAGGAGGGGGGUGAUGACUGGGAUGAAGACUUUGGGAACUUCAUGGGAGCUGGCCAUAGUGUAUCAGAUUACAGCACAUCUGAAAACUGGGCAGCUUUCCCAGAAUCAGAAUCAUAUUCUAAUGACAAGCCUACUAGUCAGUCAAUUUUGUCUCAAGAAAAUAAAAUCUUGCAAGAAAAUGUAUCAUCAGCGGCAAUGGAACUUAAACUGGAUGCAAAGGGUAGUAAUCUGAUAAGUAGUAGUGACUCUGGGUUAGAUUUGGAAGUCAUUAAUGUUUCCGAAAGUGUGUCUCCCGACAGGCAGGGCACGGAACCUCACAUUGACUCUGGACUUAGUAGUUCGGCAGUUUCACCAUGUGAUCCCAGUAAAACAUCACAAGCAUGUAGUGGUACAGAGUUACAAUCUUCAUCAACAUCAACAGCCUGUGAUUCUCCCGAAGACCUGAAUGGAUUUUCAAAUGCUAACAGUAAUAUUGAAAAAGCUGAAGAUUCAGAAGUUGAAUAUUGUGAUAGUACAUCUGAAAACCCAGAGAAAAAUAUUGAUUCAGAUGAAAGCCAUCAGAGUGUGGUGUCUUCUGAAACUGAUUAUAAAGUUGAUUCAGUAAAAACGUAUGAUUCUGUAACUAAAGUCCCAGAACAGGACUCUAGUAGUGGUGAAUGUGAAGACAAUGUUCAAGAAGACUCGUCAACCAUAGAUCUCAAAACUGAUGAUAGCGGUAGAACAAUUCAUGUCGAUGAUAAUGAUGACUGGGGAGACUUUGAGGAGGAUGUUAUGAAUUCAUCGACUACUUAUGAAAAUUCAGGCAUUGAUGAUCAAAGUAAUGAAAAAUCUCCAUCCAGUCCAGAAGUUAACACAGAAGAAGUGUCCAGUGAGGAGAGUGAAGAUUCUGCAUCAAGUCCAGCAAGGGAGACAGGAGUUCCAGCAAGGGAGACAGGAGUUCUAGACCUAGAUAAAUCUGUGGAGGAGAAACCUGAAGAAAAUAAAAAAUCAGAACAUGAAACAGAUAGUGUUAAAGAUGGAGAUGAUACGUCAGUUGAUGCAAUGAGUGAUUCGUGUGAGUCUUUGUAUAAAGAUGGGACUGUUGUUGCUGAAGAUACAGAAACUAAUGAUGACAUUGGUAACUUCAACUCUAUGGCUCCGAGAACCGAGGAAACAGAUGAUAUUGAAUUGUCAAAGGGGGGAGACAAGGAUCCAAAUAAUUUUUCACAUCAUUGUCAAAUAGAGAACAAAAGUGAUAAUGAAACAGGAAGUAUGAACAAGGAUAUCACUACUGAUGACCAGAGGGAGAGUGAUAAUGAAACAGGAAGUGUGAGCAAGGAUAUCACUACUGAUGACCAGAGGGAGAGUGAUAAUGAAACAGGAAGUGUGAGCAAGGAUAUCACUACUGAUGACCAGAGGGAGAGUGAUAAUGAAACAGGAAGUAUGAACAAGGAUAUCACUACUGAUGACCAGAGGGAGAGUGAUAAUGAAACAGGAAGUAUGAACAAGGAUAUCACUACUGAUGACCAGAGGGAGAGUGAUAAUGAAACAGGAAGUAUGAACAAGGAUAUCACUACUGAUGACCAGAGGGAGAGUGAUAAUGAAACAGGAAGUAUGAACAAGGAUAUCACUACUGAUGACCAGAGGGAGAGUGAUAAUGAAACAGGAAGUAUGAACAAGGAUAUCACUACUGAUGACCAGAGGGAGAGUGAGGACAUUCAGACUGAAACAAACAAUGUUGGACAAGAAGACGAUGAUUUUGAUGAUUUUGCAGAUUUUGACUCUGUUCCAGUAAAUGAUGUAGAGGUAAAUAAAGAUGGUCACUUUCCAGCCUUCUCAGAAGACAAUGCUGCAGGCAGUGGUGGAAACUGGGCCUCAUUUCAGGACACCAGUAAUGAUGCAGUGGCUGGAGGUGAUGACUGGGCAAUUCCUCAGGAGCAGCGGGCAGACAGCCAGGGAGGAGAGCAGUGGACAGACAGCCAGGGAGGAGAGCAGUGGACAGACAGCCAGGGAGGAGAGCAGUGGAUGGAUGGAGAAGGUGAAUGGCAGAAGGGGGGUGAAGCAGAUUUUGGAGACUUUGAAGACUUUGACGAGAAGCCAAUUGUGUCAGCACAGAAUGAAAAGAUGGAUGAGCUUUCAAACAAAACUGUGACUACCUGUUUCCAUGGUGAUGUGAGAGAUACAGACUCCGUGGCUGAAGUUUCAGCAUUAGACAACUACAUCCAGACUCAAGAAUCCACAGCAUCUCAAAAAUGUGUUGACAGCAAGUCCUCUGAGCUGUGGAGCUCACUUACAAAGCAAGCGCCAGAGACACCACUUAAGUGGUCCCAAACCAGGAGCCACAAUCAGCUGUACUCCAGCCUUAGAAUCGACACCCGCAAUAUUCUGAUAGGUCACAAGAAGUCCUCAGUGCCUAUCUAUGCUUCAAACCUGACUCUCCUGGAACCAGUGAAAGGACCUGCUCAAUCGACCAUUCCAGAACCGACUCUGGUGGACACAGAUAAGGAGGAACCACAAAAACAGGAUAUUCCUCCUGUCCAGUUUGAUUGGUCCUCUAGUGGACUCGUUAAUCCCCUACAAGGAGACACCAGCAAAUCCCUGGAUCUGGAUUUCUUGGUGGUCCAGGAAACGGAGUCUGGAGGGAGAUCUGGAGUAUUUGAUUCUGAAUUGAUGCAAGGACAGAAAGCUAACCUUCAGCCAUUAGAAAACAUCCUUGCUAAUCUGAAGGUCAGCACAGUGAAGAAGACGAGACAGACGGACAAACUGGGAGUCGAGGCCUCUAGGAUCAUUCAAUCCCUGCCUGACCUGUCCUUCAUGCAAGCCAAAGUCUUGAUGUUUCCAAUCCGACACCAAGAGUAGCCACUGGUCAUUUCUGUAGCCAACUCAGGGGACGUCCACUAACUUCAACAUUCACUCACCAAAGGACUAUCUCAUUACGUCCGAUACCGAAGCAUAUUGUGCAGAGAUCCGCUGGAGUCGUAUGUACAACAGAACUCCAGUUUUCACAAGUAACACAUACAAGUGAUGAUAAAACAUUGCUGCUUGUAUCACUGUUGCAAUGUUUUCAAUAUGAUAGAUAUCAUCUAGGUUUUAUGAUGUUUCAUUGUGUUUUCAUUUUUCAUCUUUUAAUUGUUUAAUUCACUUCAGCAGACUGUCUAUUGUAUGUCUGUGUAUUAAUUUUUUUCGAACUUAUAUCAUUUGCAUGAAUUCAGAAUGAUUGACCUAUCUUCAUUGACUUGCCAUUGCAGUCUAUGUUAUGUGUUAAGUUAUGUUUAUAGAUUUCAUUUGGAAAAUGUUUUUUCUUUUAUCACUGUGUCAUCUGUUAUUGAUUUUAUUAAUUAGCAAAUCAAAAUGAGUUGCAAUUUAAUAAUUUUGUUAUUGUUUUUAUUUAUAUUGAUAUACAUUCCAAAUGUAUCGACAAUGUCUAAUAUUAGUCAGGUUUAAAUCUGCUGUAUGUAUAUGUUUUUUGCAUUUUUAAGCGAUGAAAAACUUCCAACAUUCAAUUUUAAAUUCUUUUAAUCCAUACUGACUAUACUAUGGGAUUUUAGAUCUUGAGUAAUGUAAAAUUGCCUAUAAGGAAUUCCUGAGGACCCCUAUUUUUCAAUAAUUAUACAUAUAAAUCAAGAUUCCUUGGAUCCAUAUAUGGAUGUGUUAUAAGAAUGGUGUGAAGAAAUUAGCAUUUUUUUUUUACAACUGAGAAUUCCUUAGCAACAAGUUCAUUAUGAAAAAAAUGUUUUACUGUAUAUUUACAUCAAAUGUUACAACCGAUAGAAACUAAAGCGAGUUAAAAAAUUAUUUCCACUGGUGGUAGUGUGUUGAUGUCUGUUUUAAAUAUAUAUCAGAUGGCAUUAUAAGAUGUGUGGAUGGUGUACUGUUUCUCUGUGUGAAUGUGUUGAUGAGGUGUGGAAUAGGUGGGUUAUUGUUGUUGCCAAAUCUCUAUGCCAUUAAUUUAAUGUGUAUUUAUAGCAAACUCCAUGUAAAUCAUUAGCAUGUUUGAUGUCUUCAUAUAGUAGAGUUUGAUAUAUUAUAUCACAUCAUUUAAAAGUGAAAAAAAAAAACAUUAAAAAUUGAAAAAACAUU